AUGGUAAUUGAUCUAGGGGAUGACCAAUGUAUAAAACUACAUUCAAAAGAAAUAUACGCUAGUUUCAAUAAUGGUGAUGAUGAUUGUAAGGAUGCUCAUUUUCACACAUAUGUGAUGUCUCUUCUAAAAACAGUGGAAUGGAAGAACGAUGUUUCUAACGAUAUCCUUAAGGCCUUAUGUUAUGUAUAUAAUACAAAUAAUGAAGGGAACUUUAAUAAUGAUGAUUGUGAUUACCUGUACUAUUGGUUAAAUGAUAUAAUAUAUGCUAAUAUCAUAUAUCAGAUAAAUUCUACAGCUGUUAUAGAAGUACUUGAAUUUUUACUGAAAGCUAAAGAUGGCUUGAAUAUAUGUUAUAAUAAUAAAUAUAAUGUUGAUCAAGAAAAUUUUAGGGAUAUUAAGGUAAUACAUGAUUUUUCAAAAGAUUAUGAUAAGCUUAAAGAAUAUUUUAGUAACGAUCAUAGGUUUUGUAAUAACGAUGUUAAGAUAUAUCUUAAUGAGUAUAUCAGAAAAUAUAACGAAUUCAAACAUAUCUGUAAUCAAUUAAAAAGUAAACAAGAGACUUGUAAGGCUUUUAAUAAUUAUUUUAAAGGUAAGACUCAAGAAGACUUAUUUGAAUGGCAAUUAAGAUUAGAAGGAAGAAGUCAUAAUUAUACAACACAAAAUGAACGACAUAUAAGAUUAGAACGACGAAAAGAUCAAGGAGAAAACACAGUACAGACACAUGCAGUUGUAUAUACAGAUAAUAACGGAAAAAAUGCACAUGAAGAUGUAAAUCAACAAACAUAUAUGAAUACACAUAUACAUGAUUUAAAACAUGAACAAUCGUUAGAUUUUUCUUUCAAAAAGAAAACUCCAGAAUUGAGUGCUAUUAUUGAUAUUUCAGAUAGUUCUUCAGGUUCAACCUCAAAAAGUAUGUUAAUUCCUUCUUUAGGUAUAGGAAUUUCCAUUUUUUCCAUUAUAUUGUGCAAAUUUACUCCAGUUGGGUAUUGGAUAAAAAAAAUAUUACUUGGAAAAUCUAA